CCUCAUUGGAUAAGGGAGAGCUCUCUUCAAACAUAAGAGAUUAUGCAGUUGGUAUAAGUGAGCAGGAUACUACAUGGGUAUUAAACUCUUGGGCAGAAGCAGUAUAUGUCCUAGGCAUAGCACAGAGACCUCACUGGCUCCAGAUCUAUCACCCUUCCGUGAUGUGGCUGUAUGCUGUGGUCCUGGCCUCUCUCACUGUUUGCACAGUUUCAGCAGGACACACAUCCUCACCACCUGUGGUGGACACCGUGCAUGGCAAAGUCCUUGGAAAGUACGUCAGCUUGCAAGGAGUUGCACAGCCUGUGGCCGUUUUCCUGGGAGUCCCUUUUGCCAAGCCCCCUCUCGGAUCCCUGAGGUUUGCUCCUCCACAGCCACCGGAGCCAUGGGACAACGUGAAGAACACCACCUCUUACCCUCCCAUGUAAGUAGGUGUGGGUGGC